AUCAUUUACUUCUUUGCCAGUUUAUUUUCUUCUAUAUUGUCAAUGGCAGAACAAAGGCCCGUAUUACGUUUUCGGCUCCCACGACCAGCAGCACCAACUCCUCCACCUCCUCGCCCUACAACUGAAACUCCAGCCCCUACCCUACCCACCUCCACAGCUGCAGCCACCCAACCUAGGCCUGCAGGGUUAGCCCCAGUACAAAGCCCUCCACAAUAUAGGGCUCAACCAUCAACAAGAACCGAGUCUCAGCCACCUUCACUGGCUCGUGUAGGGGCUCAGUCCAGAGUCACUUCACCAUCUCCUGCAACUCUUCAACCUCGACCUGCAUCUCAGCCCUCAUCUUCUCAGCCUCAACCAACAUCACAACUAGCCCCUCAGCCUCGAUCUCCAUCCGGUUUGGAGGAACCAAAGCAGAGGGCAACUACUAUAACAUCAAGCUCAAAUGCAGCAGCAGCCAAGCAGCAGCCAAGUAUUGCAUUUCAAGCCCAACAAAAGCAGCCAGAGAAGGAGGAGAUUCUUGACGACGUAAAACAAGAGAUCAAGAACGUGAUUUCAAAUCUGAAGGACAAAAUCACAGUGAGUGAAACGCGUCAAAAACCAUCUACAACCAAUGGCGAACAAGCUCCUCUGCACAAAGAGAUCAAAGAUGACAUUUCUAAGUUUGUCCAUAAGAUGGCUACCGGGCAAACAAAGCAUCCCGUGAAUGACAAAGCAGCUAGUGUCAUAAUUCUAUGUGGUGAAAAUAGUGGAGCUUCUAUGCAACGAGGGAGGUCAAACAAUCCAAGAACCACCAAAGAUGAAGCAAGAAAAUCAUGUGUAAACAGCAACACACAAUGUAUCAAUAACUCAAUUGUGUUCACCAGUUCUGUUACUGAACAAAACGCUGGGGUCCAACUAUUUCUAUCCCACAAUCCCCGAAAGUUUCGUUCAUCUUCCCUGAAAAUUUCAGUUGCUGAGAAAAGCAAGAUUCUGAUCAUUGGCGGAACUGGUUACAUCGGAAAAUUCAUCGUGGAAGCGAGCGUAAAGGCCGGUCACCCCACCUUCGCUUUGGUAAGAGAAAGCACAGUUUCCGACCCUGUGAAGGGAAAACUCAUGGACAGCUUCAAGAAUGCUGGCGUCACUUUGCUAUAUGGAGAUCUGUAUGAUCACGAGAGUUUGGUGAAGGCGAUAAAGCAGGUGGAUGUGGUGAUAUCAACGGUAGGCCAUUCGCAGUUGGUGGAUCAGGUGAAGAUCAUCGCUGCCGUUAAAGAAGCUGGUAAUGUCAAGAGAUUCUUCCCUUCGGAAUUUGGGAACGAUGUGGACCGUGUUCAUCCUGUUGAGCCUGCAAAAACUGCAUUUUCAGUGAAGGCCCAAAUCCGCCGAGCGAUUGAGGCUGAGGGAAUUCCCCACACCUAUGUGGCUUCGAAUUGCUUUGCUGGCUAUUUCCUCCCUACAUUGGUGCAGCCUGGAGCUACUGCUCCACCUAGAGAGAGAGUGAUCAUCUUAGGGGAUGGAAAUCCCAAAGCAAUAUUUAACGAGGAACAUGACAUUAGCACCUACACCAUCAAAGCUGUGGAUGAUCCAAGAACAUUGAACAAGAUCCUCUACCUCAGGCCUUCCAAAAAUAUUUACUCAUUCAAUGAGCUUGUUUCCCUUUGGGAGAAGAAGAUUGGCAAGACCCUUGAAAGAAUCUAUGUUCCGGAAGAGAAACUUCUCAAGGACAUCCAAGAGGCCACCAGUCCGAUCAAUGUUUUUUUGGCGAUCCACCACUCGGUUUUUGUGAAGGGAGAUCACACCAACUUCGAGAUUGAACCAUCCUUUGGGGUUGAGGCUUCUGAGCUUUAUCCGGAUGUCAAAUACACCACUGUGGAGGAGUACCUUGAUCAAUUUGUUUGAGGGAUUCAAACUUCUGCUCUUCUUGGUACUAGAACAACAAAUCUGUGUAUUUACUAUUGGAGGUUCCAGUACAAUGUUUGGGUAACAUUGGCUUCUCCUACGAAAACAUAAAAUUAAAAUAAAUUGAUGGACUUUGAUCCCUUGGCUUCUAUAUGAAUGCAAUUCUACAGAAUUUUACUAUUUAUUUU